CGCUUCCUUCCACUGGAUCACGAUAGCAGGGACAGGUGUCUGAAUGCAGAGCUAGUCCUUAGAAACAGCUCUUUACUGCACUGCAAGUGUCACCGGCGCAUGAGGAGACAGGAGCAUUGCUUACGUGUUUUCUGGACCGUUCACUCCAGCAUGACAGAUGGUUAUUUCAAUUUGGAGACCUCUCCCUAUGAGAAUCCAGCAAAUGAAGAACACUGGAAGACCGAUUACAAUAAACUGGCAGCUCUGGUAUCAGGCUCACAGUUAGCAGGAGAUGCAACAAAUCCAUGCCUGAAAGCAACUCAUGUCUGUAAUCUGAGCAAGAAGUGUGUUCGUCUGCGCACAGACUAUGCCUCUAUCUGCACCAAGGGAGCAGGAAGUGAAGAUACAUGUGAUCGUCGCAAAUGCCACAGAGGGCUAAGGAAUUUCUUUGAGAAAGUCCCUGAGGAUUUCACCAAAAGGAUCCUAUUCUGCCCAUGUCAGGAUGAACUCUGUGGGGAACGACGCCGGAAAACUAUCGUCCCUGAUUGUUCCUUCCAGUAUAACACCAAACCAAAUUGCCUGUGGCUUUUGGACUCAUGUUUAGAAGACCACAUCUGCAAAUCCAGACUGGCUGAUUUCCAACAAAACUGCCAACCUACAGACAUGUCUCCAGAUGGUUGCUCUCAGCACAACCAUGCUGCAUGCCUGCAGGCUUACAUGGGGAUGAUUGGCACGCCUAUGACACCCAACUACGUCAGUAACUCCAGUGUGGAGGUCUCCCUGUGGUGUACAUGUGAGAGCAGUGGCAACCAGAAGGAGAAGUGCGACCAGAUACUCGGCAUGUUUGAAAGCAACAAAUGCCUUGAAAAUGCAAUUUGGUCUCAAAUGCGCCUGAAGCACACAGCUCUGGAGAGGCAGGAAGAAUUGUUUUAUUCAUCUUCCCUAAGCUUCCAAGGAGACAGUGCCAGCACAUCUCUCGCUUCAGAAAUGUCCCAGGUGACUGAAUUGAAGACACAGCGAGACAUCUCUGAACACAGCAGUAUGCCUAUGGCCUCCUCUGUAUAUUCUGCAGCUGCUAUUUCCUGGCCAUCUCUGGCUCUGUUCCUGCCCCUGUUGCUCAGCCCACCUUAACUUGACACAAACGGCAUAUUUCCUUCCCAUGUUAUUAAUCUUAUUCCAUAUCCAGGCAUCCUCCCUAUUAAUUUACUCUUGGAAAACAGACAGCUUCCAGAAAAGAGGAAUGGAACAGCCUUAACCCAGAACAGCAGUCACUGAAAACCUCCCUGCAACUUACACCUCACUUUCCCCCUGACUUGCUCGCACUGACAGCUGCAGAUUUGCUGCCCACCGUUGCUUCUGCCGUGUUAGCAUUUUGAGGAACAAGCAGUCAGGAUAAUAUUCAAGGGCAAUAUUUUAAAACGCAGCUACAGCAGGAAAAUCAUUGCAUGGAGCAGAAACACCUCCUCUGUCGGACAGAGAAGCAACAACUUCUUUCCAUGCAGUAGGAACAAACAUAGUGUCUUCUUAAUUCAGAGGAACAUGAAUGCUGAUAUUUCUCAUUACCUACUGAAAUGUGGUUAUUUGGAUCAAGAGACAACACUGUUCCCACAUUUUUGCUACCCCUCUUUAAUGAGGGCAGAACCUAUGUUACCAUAGGACUUCAAGAUCGACAUUUGGCCAUCCUCUCUAUGGCGGGGCUAGAAAUCUGUGUGAAAGCUCUUGCUUGUAAUGUAGCAGGCUCUGCCAUCUCCAGAGUUUAAGGGAGAGUGACAUUUUCUUCCCAGUAUCCCAUGCACCAGUGAGGAUAUUUGCAACAAUGACAGAAUGGCUUUCACUGAGCAAUUUGUACUACUUACGCUAUGUAUGGCAUUCAUCUCCCAAUCAUCUGUUCCUCCACCAGUGCUCUCACACAGGUUGAUAUGGGAAAAGGUAUUAGCAUUUUGUGUAUUAAAAACAAACACCCCCCCC